GAUAAUAAAAUAUUGCUUUUAGGUAAAGUGACUCAGAUCCAUGAGAACUUUGGCUUGGUUGAUGAAGAGGUGAUAUUUCAGAUGAGUGCAUGUGUGAAGGGAUCGAAUCCUGUAGUGGGUGAUCGAGUUCUAGUGGAAGCAUCAUAUACCCCCAACAUGCAUUUCAAGUGGAAUGCUACUAGGAUCCAGGUGCUAUCAGUGAAAGCUACUAGCCCUACCAGCAGCAGCGGCCAGUCAUCCUCCGUAUCCGGUUACAACGGCUCAUCAGGUGGGUACAACGCGGUACCUCCACCGCCGCCGCCCUCGGAGGCCUCGGGGUACGGCAGGAGCGAUAACGGUGCAGGAAGUGGAUACUCCAGGCCGGACAACUUUAGCAGAGGCGGAGGAGACAGCUAUGGGGGCAGGGACUUUGCCAGGCCGGAUAGUUUUUCCAGACCUGAAAGGUUUGGCAGAUCUGACAACUCAAACUACGGCCGAAACGACAAUUUCGGGCGAGAUGCCAGACAGAAAGCGACGUCAGGUCGCGGUAGGGAACGCUCCAGGGAGAAGGACAAAGAAGACGAUGAGAUCGAGAGGAAACGUAGGCGAGAGGAAAGAUUAAGAGAGAGGGAGAAGGAGGAGAAAAAGGCAUCGCCUGUCAGAAAGAGAUCUCGCUCGCCGAAGGCCAGAAGGCGCUCCAGGGUCGUGCCUAGAUAUAUGGUGCAAAUACCUAAAAUUGCAUUAGAUCUCGCCAAUGCUGACGUUUUGGAGCUACGUAGACGCUAUAGUAAUCUGUAUAUUCCGUCCGAUUUCUUCUUCACAAGCACGAAAUGGGUAGAUUCUUUCCCUCCCGACAAACCAUUCGCCCUGAACAAGUCAUGCUCUUUCCAUGUUAUGGGCAAGGAUAUAGAACCUGUGACAGAAAACACUGCCGUGCUGGAGCCGCCGGAUGCUGAUUACUCCUUUUCAGCAAAGGUUAUGUUAAUGAGUGUACCCGGUAUGGACGAGUUGUAUCAAAAGUGCUGCGGAGUCCUGGAAGACAAAGAAAAACGUGACAAAGACAGGGACAGUGAGGAACGCGAUUACAUCCACCCGACAAGGCUGAUCAACUUCUUGGUUGGAUUGCGAGGUAAAAACGAGACAAUGGCUAUUGGUGGACCGUGGAGUCCGUCUUUGGACGGUGCUAAUCCAGACAAGGAUCCAGCCGUACUUAUAAAAACUGCUAUCAGGACAUGCAAAGCACUCACAGGGGUUGAUCUGUCUAACUGUACACAGUGGUACCGUUUUGUGGAGCUGUAUUACCGUCGCGGCACCGGCGAGCACAAGGGCAAGCCUUCAUCGGCACGGGUCGAGACAGUUGUGCUGUUCCUACCGGACAUAUGGAGUUGCUUACCGACCAGAUUGGAGUGGGACAACCUGCAGGCGAGCUACAGACGGCGUUGGGAGGGCCUGAACAGCCCUGCUAGCGAUGAGGCAACUGCUACUGCGGAUGCAUGUGGUGGUAAAAAGGAAGACAAGGACGAUAACCAGUCAGGCAACGAGGAGAACGACGAAAAGGACAAGUUAGAACCAGUACAUUUCUCCCAGUUGGACCCAAAGUCGAUGUCAGUAGGUGACCUGAGAACACAGCUCAAAUCACGUGGCGCUCCGCACAAGGGCCUGAAGUCGCAGCUGGUGGCAAGGUUAACAAAGCUGCUGAAACUCGAGGAAGAAACUGAGGCGCUGAAAAAGGAGGAUUCUGGUAAUGAGAAUGACGAGCCGGAAGACGAAACUGAGAUCUUGCUCAAGAGCGCAAAGGAAGACAAGGAAAAGGAUAAGAAGUCGGAUAAGUCCGAGGCUGAAAUAAAGAAGUUGGAUGAACGUGCGCUAGCUCUGCUAGAAAAACGUUACUCAUUACCAGACGAACAGCACAUCGUAGUCCAUCCUUCUAAAACUGCCAAAUCAGGAAAGUUCGAUUGUACAGUCAUGUCACUGUCCCUCCUCUUAGAUUACAGACCUGAAGACACCAAGGAACACUCCUUCGAGGUUUCUUUAUUUGCGGAAUUAUUCAACGAAAUGCUUAUUCGAGAUUUUGGAUUCAAUAUUUACAAGGCUUUGACAGUUUUACCUGAUAAGCCCAAAGAAGAUAAAGACAAGAAGGAAGAAAAAAAGGACAAAGACGAAAAGAAGGACGAUAAAAAAGAGAACGAUAAGAAAAAGGAUGACGAUAAGAAAAAAGACGAUGACAAGAAAAAGGAUGCUGAGAAAAAGAAAACAUCUGACAGCAAGGAAAAAUCAGAAACUAAAGACGACAAGAAGGAUUCAAGAAGGGACGAACAAGAAAAUAGCGAUGAUAACGACGAUGACAAUGAUGAUAAGGAUAGAAAAAGGGACAAAGACAAAAAGAAAAAAGUCAAGCUCGUGACUAAAGAUAAGCACUUGUUACUGUCUUUCAUCUACUUUGAUCAGUCUCACUGUGGCUAUAUCUUCGAUAAAGAUAUUGAAGAACUUCUGUACACACUGGGCGUUCAACUGUCUAGAGCGCAAGUAAAAAAAUUGGUCAGUAAAGUGGUCACAAGGGACUCUUUACAUUACAGAAAGCUGACCGAUAAGCCGAAGGAUGAAGAAGCUAUAACUAUGGUAGCAGAAAUCAAUUUACGUGAGCUAGCUGUAGGAAAUAAGGCGCUGUUGCCUGUGUUCAAAGAUAACGAAUCUACCAAUAAGCCUAGUGAUGCCAAUAAAGAAAUGGAUAAUCAAGAAGGCCGUUUUGUAAUGUUCAAUGGCUCAUUGGUUGAUGUUGGAAAUUUGAUGGCCCAGUUAGAAAGAAGUGAAAAGGCGAGAUUGGACACAGAAUCUAGGAUGGUGGACUUGAAGAGCGAUAAUCAAAGGUUGCAAGAUAAAUACAGCAAAUCCAGUUCGACGAUAAAGCAUUUGAAUUCAGAGCUGAAAGAGUAUAAAGAUAAAGUUCGAAAUACCGAAGACAUGCUAAGCAAGAUUUCAUCUAAUUCUAAAGUUUUCUACACAACUUUGGUCGAGAUCCGGGAUAAAGUAGAGCCAGUUUUAAGGAGCUCAUCGACCAAGGAGGAGAGUUACAAGAAGGAGAAGGAAGAAAAAGACAAGAAACACGAUGAUGCAAAGUCACGAUGGGAGAGAGAAAGGGAAAAAGAGAGUAAAGAAGCUGAAAUAAAAAAGGAGAGCGAUACUAAAGAAGAACCUACCACUUGCAAGCUGGAAAUGAAGUCAGAUAAAACAGGUGAUGGUCCGACAAGAGAUAAUUGACGUAUUUAGUUUAGUUCACUCUUAAUUGGGUUAAUCUGUGUAUUUUGUUUUGAAUAUGGUAUUUGUAUGAGUAAUUUGUAGGUAAUAACUUGCAAAGGUUUCCUAAUUGAUUAGGCUUUGAAGUAACUUUGGAAUAAACAGUUACUGUUUUUAUUUACAUAUAUAAAGAAAAUAUAUAUGUAUAUAGAACUGUGCAUGUUGUGUUGUUGAAUAUCAAAUACAUACUUCAC